AUGGAGGCUUUCGCUUUACGACAGAUUCGAGAGCACGAUUCCAGGUGUCCGGAUUUUUUCUUUGUCGCUUCCGGGCGCCUUCGGGACGAGGUGAAGAGCCUGCAUUUCAAAGAUUUGCGGCGAGCCACGGCGAUGUACAAGCAGCUGAACAUCCGCGACGAGGGCCUCUUUCAAGCCUUUAGUAAGAGGCUCGCCGAGCUCCUCGAGGCUUCAGCUGCGCUUGCAGGGCAGUCUGGUCCAAGGAGUCCACGGCCAAAGAAAGGCCAAAGCCAAGGUGAAGCAGAAGGGGCUGUAAUGGCGUUUCUCAAUGCCUGCGGCCGACUCAACAUACAACCUCCUCAGGUUGAUGGCUUCUUCAAAAGUGUUGGCCCUGCAGCUCGCGCCAGAAAAGAUGUUCCGCGACUCGUGGCAUUGGCGCAGCUCGCGGCCAAGUUCGGCAUUGCAAGCACACGGGAAGCCGACCGCAUUCUGGCAGUGGUGUGCGCCGCCUUUGAGGGCAAUGCUCCAAGCAAAGGCUAUGCAUCCCAAGCCAUCACUGGCCAGCUCCUGUUGGCUCUAAUAUUCGACGAAUCUGCGUGCGAGACUCGAGAUCGCGCGUUGGUUGCUGCCGUCGGCGCCGUGAACGCUUCAUUCGGCUGCAACCUGAAGUCUCUGGACGAGCAGCUCGCACGCCAGCUGCAGGUCACUGAACUGGCCUGCCGGCUAGAAAGACGUGGCACACUGCACAUGCUGGAGCUCAAGGGGCUCAGUGGCUUCCUCGAAGGAGUUCGGUCCUUGGAGCAGUCAGUGUUUGGACCACUGCCGAAGUCUUCCUCUCAGCAGCACUUGCAGGUUUCCGGGGCUUUGCAAGAGCUUGGUGUGCAACAUCGCACGGAGGAGCGGCUGGAUCCCUACAUUGCCGACGUUCGCUUGACCACGAACCAAAGCCUCAUCGAAAUCGACGGUCCCUUACACUUCGUUGGCAGCACGCAGCGUUAUGACAUGAAGAGCUCCUUGAAGCAUCGCUUGUUGACGAAGCAGGGAUGGCAAGUCCACCACAUAGCCUGGAAUGAUUGGCCGGAGCAUCAUCACAGCCGCAUGAGUUACAUUGCUAGGCUCCUCCGCAGACCACCGCCCGGAAAACAUUUGCUGCAGUACACACCGCUUCAGCCCAGUACAUGUGAGGAACGUGUUGAGCGAGAGUUGGGCUCGAGUACUUCCCGCCGUCACAAUGAUGGCUUCCAUCAGAGGCUUGAGCGCCAUGGAAGCUGUUCCGAGCUGACGUGCAGGAUAAAGGUUGUCACACCUGCCAGUCAGCAAAACACGGAGUAG